CGUUCUUUGUUGACCCCGUGCGUCUACACUCUACGAUUUCUGUGCUUCCGUGUCUGUGAGAUCAGCAACUUCGACGGCUGCCUGGCAUUUACACAGCGACCCACGCGGACACCCACACGCUUAGAUAUACACUUGGACUUAGACACACAUCCACUCUGAAAAAUGAUAAAGGCAUCUAGCAGAGCAGCUAUCUCCAGGUCGAUCUUCUCGACAACGUUUCUCGUCGCGUUCUCCCUCGUCGUGGCUAACAGCAUUGUGCCCUGUCCUGUCGACAGAGGUGUCGCCAACGACUCGAAGAUGAGUCCGGCCCAGAUGCAGGAGCUGAUGGAAAAGGAGACGAAAUAGAUUGGCGUCGUCACCCCGGCCGACGCCGUCCUCUGUGCACAUAGCCGCAUCCCGUAUACAUACUCUCACACUUAUACCUAUACAUAUCCGCCUCCAGGCACAUGGACAGCGGCGGAACUCCAAAUUACAUAUAUGAUUUUCUCAUUGGACAGAGCUGCCGCCGAAGUUUUUUUUUCAUUUUGCACUAUUAUUUGCAUUUUCCCCAACUCUAUCAGUACCAUCUCCGUGGUUCUGGUCUCUAUUAUUCUCCACACAGAUAGAGCCGGACGCUGCAGCAGACGUGGGUCUGUACUGCUCCUCGGCACAUCGUGCACAUACACUUAUAUUUACUGCUUCCCUCUUUAUAGAUAAGACCCCUGUAUAACGACUAAACAAGCCAAUCCUGAAGUCACGUGCGCAUCGAGA